CAAGGUAUCAGCCAGAGCAGCAAUUUCUGACAGAGUUACCUUCCAUGACUUAGUGCCCUACAUUUCUAGAAGUGAGCGACCUACUACAAGUUUCAAACUUCGAGCAGCUCGCAAACGAAAAAGAUUUUUACAAACGCCACUUGAUGUCACUUCAAGAAAAACUAUGUUGUCCCAGUAUUUGAAACAGCCAGUCUACUGGUACGACUGGAUGAUGUCAAAGGGAGAUCCACGGACCAGCAAUUGGCCUCUCCUUGGAUCGCCUUUUCCAAUGAUAUCAAUUAUUGCUUCAUACGUGUACUUUGUCAAAGUUAUUGGACCUGCAUGGAUGAAAAACAAGAAACCUUUUUCAAUUGAAAGAGUAAUCAUCGUGUACAACAUAAUACAAGUACUUCUCAGUGCAUUUUUCUUCUUCUAUGGGGGAAGUAUGACUUACUUAUCAACUGAGUACAGUUGGCUCUGUCAGCCAAUCAGCUACGCUACAGAUCCAGCAACAAUGAAGUUUGUGAACCUCGGUUGGUACUAUCUGUUACUGAAGAUUUUCGAAUUUACAGACACAAUUUUUUUCAUCUUACGAAAGAAGUUCAGCCACAUUUCAGCCCUGCACGUGGUACAUCAUUCUUCUGUUGCCUGGGGAAUCUGGAUAGGCAUGAAGUUUGGAGCUGGUGGUCAUAAUGCCUUUUUUCCGUUUAUCAACUGUUUUGUCCACAUGAUCAUGUAUGCCUACUACUGCCUAGCUGCUCUCGGCCCUCACAUGAAGCCAUAUCUUUGGUGGAAAAAGUACCUCACUAUUAUGCAGAUGGUUCAGUUUGUUGUAGCCUUUAUUCAUGGUCUUCUUCCUCUCUAUUUUGACUGUGACUUUCCUCCUGGCUUUGUCUACAUCAUCAUUGGCAACGCCGCCUUAUUUUUGGUGAUGUUCUCUAACUUCUACAGGAAGGCCUACCGGAAGGAAGAUGGUGAGAAAAUAAGGAAACACGGCAUAACCAACGUUCGUCAUCUCUACAAUGGUUUGAAAAAGAAUGAUUUUUACCAAAACAACAAAGACUUCAAGAGAAAGGAAAAUUGAUGACAAUAGUAACUGGGAUAAUAUACAACCCAACCCAAAGAUGAUACAUUAUCUUAUGUCAUCAGUAAAUAAGCGUGUCAUUAUAUGUCACUCAAACUCCCAGUUCUCCCUCAUUGCUUGCAAAUAGAAUCCUUGGUUGUUUCGAGAGUUCGUGGUAUUAUAAAGAAGUGAAGAUGCCUGUGGAUUAUUUAGUUUUUGAUAUAAAACACAAUUGAAAACACGUUUAUACAAAUUAGAAUCACUUGUAAGACCAGCGUGUAGAAGGAAAAUGUCUUAUUAACUUUACUAAUAAUCGUCCAAUAAUUACGUUUAUACAAAUUAAAAUCACUUGUAAGACCAGCGUGUAGAAGGAAAAUGUCUUAUUAACUUUACUAAUAAUCGUCCAAUAAUUACGUUUAUACAAAUUAAAAUCAUUUGUAAGACCAGCGUGUAGAAGGAAAAUGUCUUAUUAACUUUACUAAUAAUCGUCCAAUAAUUACGUUUAUACAAAUUAAAAUCACUUGUAAGACCAGCGUGUAGAAGGAAAAUGUCUUAUUAACUUUAUUAAUGGUCGCCCAAUAAUUACGUUAAUAUAAACUAAAAUCACUUGUAAGAGCAGCGUGUAAAAAAAAUGCCUUAUUAAUCUUAGGGUUAGUAAAGCUUUGACAAAUUAGUUUGAUUACUUGCUUUCUAAAGGUACCCGCUUAACAUACAAAAAUAUGAAGUUUUGAAACAGCUAUAUGUGGGAUAAUAAAUAUGUUUCUGUACAACGUUUCGUUUCUAACAGUGAGGCAUUAUUACUUACAGCAUUUAAGAUAUAAUAUUGUAUGUCUCACUGUUAGAGACGAAACGUUGUACAGAAAUAGUUGUUUUCAAUCUUCAUUUAAGAUAGUUUGAUUGUAAUAACCUAAUAAGUAAUCUGGGAUUGUUUAAAUAGGACAAAAUAUUCAAAAACAUUUAGUUCAUCUGUGUCGUAGAAUAAAUGUUUCAAUUACAUUUAUGUAAUCCAUUAAAUAUUUGCAUAUAUUUUACCUUCAUUAAUAUAAAAAAUAGCCUGCAAAUGUUACUGAAUACUGUCACUCUGUUUAACACGUACAUAUAAUAUAUAUAAAGUUUAGGAAUUGCCAUUAUCACAGAUUUAUUGAUAAAAUGUAAUUCAUGUAUUUUGUUUAGAUUUUAAUUUUUGCUUCUAUAACAAGUUGUACUUUGUCUUAGAAAUUGUAGAUAAAUGUAAAUUUUAGAACUGUCAUUAUCUUAUUGUUAAUUUUCAUAUUAUAAAAAAAUCAUAUAUAUAUAUAAUCUUAAGAUUGUGAUAUGUUGAAUAAAUAAUUUGCCACAGUUUAUUCACAAUUAUUUCUCGUAUUAGACUUCAAUAACUUUGAGGUUGUUAUCUUAUCUCAAAAUUACAAUUGCCUUUGUUGACUAUAGUCCCUUAAUAAGUAAAGUAAGUUUGCUUUAUUAUAAUUGGUAAUACGUAGUGUUUUACACAUCGAUUUUUAUAUCAUCACUAUUUAACCAUAAUUCUAAUAAUUACUAAUUAUUUUAUACUUUAUUUUUUGGCGUACCUACAGUAAAGGAGUAAAUGUGAUACAAUUUAUUGUGAGACACCCCCUUUAGCUAAAUCAGUAAAAAAACAGAAAUGUUUUAGGUGUAGUAAGAAACACUAUUACCUGUUUAACAUUACUUUGCUAUCUCAUUUGAUUUUGUAGAAAUAUCUGAAUUUGGUAAGAGGUCUCCUGAAGUAUGCCUGAAAAAGACGCUAAUCGAAAUGUUCGUUUCUGAGAAAUUAUGCUUUUUUCUUUAAGUUUAUGAAAGCGUAAUCCGAAAAAUUUAGCUCUAAAAAUUUGUGAACUGAAAACAAGGCACACGUCUUUAAUUGAAUUCAACACUCUCUUUUUUUUUUCAAUUAUGAAGUUGAAUAAAAAUGUUGAUUAUUAAACAUUGU